AAUAAAUCAAUUUGUCGUCACUUCUUCUUCUUCCUCUUCCUUCUUCUCCGAUUCUCUGUGUACUCUAUUUGUUCCUGGAGGGUUUAUAAUCGGUGGACAUAUCAACCAACCAAACAGAUUGGAAUUUGGAAUUGAAUGCCAACACAAUCGUAUUGAUUAAUUAAUAUGGAAAUGGAGUCGAUCAGAGAUAUUAUCCUCGGAAGAAUUAAAUAGGAUAGAACUUGGAUGGACGAUAUUAAUUCUAUUUGAUUAAGAUCACUUGUCAGUGUUGAAGAUGAUGCAUGGGGAGGUUCUAAAAGCUCUGUUUCCUCUGUUGGAUGCCAAAGACCUAGCGUCGUCUAUGCAGGUAUGUAAGCAGUGGAGAGAUACUGCUAGAGAUGAUUACUUUUGGAAAUGCCUCUGUGCAAAGAGAUGGCCCUCCAUCUGCAAAAAUCCCUCAUCGCCACCAAUGACAUACCACAAGCUAUACCUUACCUUCUCAAAACGCAUCCAGCGCCGUACCCUCCUCCCACCAAGAUUGUCCUUUGACGACUUGGAAUUCUUUAUUGAUAUUUGGGCAGAAGAUGUAAUUAUUUUCUCGGAAGCAAUUCAAGGUCCAGUUCUGAAGACUAAGAUUCCACUGGAAGAAGGCAUGUCUAACCUGCUGCGAUUCCAUCUACAGGGUUCCGAUUACAGGAUGACAAUCCCUGUUAAUCCGAGAUUUGAUGUUCGUUUAGGUCAGAGUGUUAGUGUCUCUGUGCUUGUUGGACGUAAGGAUUCUAACAAAAUCGCUCAGAUCGUCAAGAAAUCUGUGUUUGAUUAUAUUGAUAGAAGUGCCCACAGAGCCCUCGCCUUUGACUAUCUUGACUUCUCUCCUCUGCACCCGUUCAUCUCGGGCGUCCGAUCCUGGGUCUCUUUAUUAUUCACGGAGGAAGGAAAUGAUUCACUCCUCAAUGUUUUCGGGGUUCAGUUGGAUUUCUGUGAUGCUGCCAACUCUGAGGAUGAAGUGUUGUGGCUUUUAGACAUGCUUGAUUGGAAGUAAAAGAUGUCAAGAAGUUGUCAGACGGGUUGGUUCCGUCGUCUACUUAGGGGAGGUUCGCCUUGUCCUGUAUUUUGUUCUUUUUUUGAUGUACAUUCUCAGUGCUAUAGCUGAAAGUUAUGCAGAGUCGGGGGCGUAUCCAAGGGUUGACUAACCCUGGCUCUAGCCCCCCUAAAACUAGAAAAAAGUCCUUACUUUUAUCAUGUAAUUUUUAUUUAGUCCACCUAACUUUUAUAUUUAGCCUACAAAAGUGUCCACGUUUUGUAUAA